AUGCCUUCCAUGCCCUCUCUGCCGCCGCAAUUCGUCACGGCCGACCAGCUGCGACAGAUUUUGAAUGCCAAUUCCGCAUAUCCAGAUGACGAUCUUGUUCGCGAAUUCGGUGACAGUAUUGAGUCGCAACGCAGGAAGUGUAUCCCAUGGGUGAUGGCAAAUGAGCUUUUCCAGGCUUGGUUACGACAGGCUCAGUCCCAAGUUCUGGUUAUCAAUAGCAUGACUGAUGACAUUCAAGAGAACGAAGCAAUAACGCCUUUGAGCUGCGUAUGUGUGCUUCUCGGGCGUACCCUGCGUCGGCUGCCCUCCUGUGCUGCCCUGACAUUCUAUUGCGGCCUGCAUGCGUCUCCUGGAGAUAAUCUGGAAGGUGGUAAUGGCAUCAUGAGAAGCUUGGUAUACCAAGUUCUACAACAAUAUGGAGACUCCCUCAACUUGUCCUUUCUCAACUUCCAAAUACUUCAGCAGAUCCAGGGCCGAGACUUGGCCACAUUAUGCAUAUGUUUUCAACGCCUACUGGAGAGCGUUGGAACCGGCGUGGUAGUGUGUCUGAUUGACGAGACAUCGUGGUAUGAGACAGACAGUCGAUCCGCGGAAAUGGAGUUUGUGAUGAGGUUUCUUAACAAUUUGGUUGCUGAUGUGCAAGCAUCUGGCGGGGGUUUUGUCUUCAAGGUUCUCGUGACAGCCAGCACCGUCAGUCAGUAUUCUCGGAUAUGGUUUCCUGGUGCAUGGACUAUUCUGGUGGAAGACGAUCUCGUAACAGAUGGGCAGGACUCUGAUGAGAUGCAAUUUCUGAUGGCAUAA